AUCGCAGCCAUACAAAAACCCGAAAUCUGAAUCCUGGCGGCGGUGGGUCCGUCUCCCAGUUUUACCUUGUUUCUUUAUAUUCAAAGUUCAAACAGGGCAGGUAGACAGGAAGAGGUGGGUGCAAAAAUGGCGUCUAAAAUCAGCCGAGUAGGAGUUGCCUUAGAGCUUCCAUGUUUUUCAAAGAUUUCUAAGCGAGUUCCUUGUCGAUCCUCCAGUGUUCGCGUCAAAUCGGUUGUCUCUGUUGGAGACCAGAAGAAGACUUUCACCCUUGAAAAAUCUCAAGAAGCUUUCAAUACCGCCAAGAAUUUGAUGCCUGGAGGUGUAAAUUCCCCUGUCCGUGCAUUUAUAUCUGUUGGUGGACAACCUAUUCUUAUUGAUUCUGUCAAGGGUUCUCACAUGUGGGACAUAGAUGGCAAUGAGUACAUCGACUAUGUUGGCUCUUGGGGACCAGCAAUAAUUGGUCAUGCAGAUGACGAGGUGCUUGCAGCUCUGACUGAAACAAUGAAGAAAGGAACCAGCUUUGGUGCACCUUGCCUUCUAGAGAAUACUCUGGCAGAGAUGGUGAUCUCAGCUGUCCCAAGCAUUGAAAUGGUUCGUUUUGUAAACUCAGGUACAGAAGCAUGCAUGGGUGUUCUCCGUCUGGCCCGUGCCUUUACUGGCCGUGAGAUGAUCAUCAAGUUUGAGGGUUGUUACCAUGGUCAUGCUGAUGCAUUCCUUGUCAAAGCAGGUAGCGGGGUCGCAACCCUUGGUUUACCUGACUCACCUGGUGUCCCAAAGGCAGCUACCUCCAAAACUCUUACCGCCCCAUUCAACGAUGUUGCAGCUGUGGAAGACAUCUUUGAGACUAACAAAGGGGAAAUUGCUGCAAUUAUUCUUGAACCUGCUGUUGGAAACUCUGGUUUCAUUACCCCUAAGCCUGACUUCCUUGAGGCUAUAUGCCGGAUCUCUAAGGAAAAUGGUGCUCUCCUUAUCUUUGAUGAAGUGAUGACUGGAUUCCGUUUGUCUUAUGGUGGGGCUCAAGAGUAUUUUGGUAUUACUCCGGAUUUAACAACCCUAGGAAAGAUCAUUGGUGGGGGUCUGCCAGUUGGAGCAUAUGGAGGAAGGAGGGAGAUUAUGGAGAUGGUGGCACCAGCAGGACCAAUGUACCAGGCUGGGACCUUAAGUGGGAACCCAUUAGCAAUGACAGCUGGGAUACACACUCUUAAGCGGUUGCAGUUGCCAGGCACUUACGAAUACCUAAAUAAGAUCACGGGUGAACUUGUUGAAGGCAUUAUAAAUGCUGGAAAGAAAACUGGACAUGCAAUUUGUGGAGGGUAUAUCAGUGGGAUGUUUGGGUUUUUCUUCACGGAGGGGCCUGUUUAUAACUUUGAUGAUGCAAAGAAGAGUGAUGCUGACAAGUUUGCAAGGUUCUAUAGGGGAAUGUUGGAGGAAGGUGUUUACUUCGCACCUUCACAGUUUGAGGCUGGAUUUACAAGUUUGGCACAUUCUUCUGAAGAUGUCCAACAGACAAUUGCAGCAGCUGAAAAGGUUUUAAGGAAAAUUUAGAUUGUGCACCUUCUCCUUUUCUUGCCUUUUCCCCCCAUUUCUCUCGCUAACAUUGCCGUUUUGUACGUCAAUCAGCGGCUACUCGAUAGUCAGUUUUCGUAAGCUUCUGUUUCAGUAUGUGCUAGUCAUUCUCAUAAGGAAAAAGUAUUUUCUACCAAAUAAAAAAAAAAAAAGAGAAAAAGUAUUUUGUUUGUUAAACCACCAAGUACAUCAUCUGGUAAUUAAAGCUUGUGUAUAAA